AUGAUGAAACCUACUACAAAAUCAAUUCAGAGAGUUGGUCGUUUCUUAAGGAAGAGCCUUGGGAGCAUCAAGUCCACUAUCUGCUUUGGCAAAUACCACAACUUACCUAACAACAACACUCCUCUCUUGAACCCUUUCUCGUGCAGUCUUCACCGGCGCUUCCCAGAAGAUUCUCAGACAGAAGAAACCUACAGCGUUGUUUCUUGCGAGAGCGCGACUGUUGCAGAAACCAGGCAUGAGAGUCUCGACAAAAACCAGCCUAAAAAGAAACAGAGGAAAAAAGUUGCAGAGCCAUCAUUCGAGGAGGCGCAGAGAAGAGGUGACGCGUUGGCGCAAAAGAUGAAAGAACUCAACAUGGUGGAUCUGAAAGACGUGGAGCACGCAUUGGAUGUACGGGAAGCGCUUCGUUGCUAUUCAAGCAUCAGAAGCCCUGUGUACCUUGACAUUGUUGACAAUUUCUUCACUGACAUGUACUACGAGUUCUCUGAUCCACGCACCUCUUCCAACAUCAACGGUUCAAGGAGAAAAGCAGGAUCCUUCAGGCUCUGA